AUGAAAUUUAUUGCGUUGGUCUCGGGAGGGAAAGACUCAUGUUAUAGUAUACUCCAUAGCAUACGUCAAGGUCAUGAGCUUGUGGCGCUCGGCAAUCUAUAUCCUGCCGAUGAGUCUCAACAGGAGCUGGACAGCUUCAUGUUCCAAACUGUUGGUCAUAACAUCGUCAAUAUGUAUGAAAAGUGUACCGGGCUUCCACUAUUUCGCCAUGCUAUUCGCCCCAAAACUUCCAGAAAUGUAGCGUUGCACUACUAUCCCACCGACGAAGACGAAAUCGAAGACUUAUUGGAACUACUAAAAGAGGCCAAAAGAAAAAUGCCAGAAAUUGAAGCAGUUAAUGCCGGUGCGAUAUUGUCGUCUUACCAGAGAACUAGGGUCGAAGACGUUUGUUCGAGACUUGGCCUUGUUGCUUUGAGCUACCUCUGGCAAAGAGAUCAGCAACAACUUAUGACUGAAAUGUGUGGCAUGUCAAAACUGCCAGGUGAAGAACGCUCGCCUAAGAUGGAUGCAAGAAUAAUCAAAACAGCUGCAGUUGGGCUUGACGAUAGGCAUUUAGGCAAAUCUUUGCCCGAGGUAUUUCCAGCCCUUCAAAAACUCAACCAAUUAUAUGAUGUUCACAUUUGUGGCGAAGGUGGUGAGUUUGAAACAAUGGUAUUUGAUGCGCCGUUUUUCUUUAACGGGUACUUGGCACCAAAAGUAAUACAAAUCGAAGGGCGCGAAAGUUCUGAUGGCGUUUUUAGUUCUCUUAUGGGGGCUACAUAUGUCGAGCGUCCAAACAAGUUAACUAUGUCAAAGAUGCUCGAAAACCUUCCAGUACCUCCCCCUUUGGAAGAGUCUUGGAUGGAGAUGUUAAAAGAAAUGAGCACCAUAGGCUUCGAGACUAAUGAUAACGCUAUAGAUUCAUCAACUCAACCCAGCUCUCUUUAUUUUCCUGAGACCUCAAAGAAUAGGGUCGGGAAUCUAUUAUAUGUGUCAAAUAUAACCCCAAGGAAAGGUUCCACUGUAAAAGAAAAAGCACAAAACAUAUUAGAUGAGCUUGGUACUCUAUUAGCUGAUCAGAAGGUAUCACCCUCGCAAAUAAUGGCUUCAUCAUUGCUUCUUUCAGAUAUGAGCGAUUUUCAUCAAGUUAACGAGAUUUACAGCGCUUUCUUCCAGGUUAAACAUGUUGGUCCGUUGCCGCCCGCAAGAGCAUGUGUGGGGAGCAGCUUGAUAGGAGAAAAGAACUCGCUCCAACUUUCAGUGGUAAUAGAUUUGGCAUCUCAGCUUGAUACAGUUCAUACAAUGACGCUUAACAAGUCGAAAGGCGGGCUGCAUGUACAAGGUCGAUCUUACUGGGCACCGUGUAAUAUAGGGCCAUACUCUCAGGCUAUUUGGAAUGCUAAUGAUGCAAACAAAAUCAGUUUUAUCAGCGGUCAGAUUGCCUUGAUUCCAUCUUCCAUGCAACUGGCAGAGUCCCUAAAAACAGGGGCGUCACAAUAUGUUUCACAAAGUGUCUUGUCUCUUCGCCACUUCGACACGUUAAAACAAACCAUCGGGUCGCAAAAGCAGAUAAGCAUGGUAUGCUACGUCUCUCAAAAAUAUAUGGCUUCUAUUGUUGCAAGAACGUGGUCUUUGUAUUGUAAAGAGCUUGCUUCCAAAUCAGAACACUGGUUUCACAGAGAACUUGCGGACCCAAGAAACCUAAUCAUAGCCAAGGUUUCUUCUCUUCCUAAAGAUGCGCUUUGCGAAUGGGGUGGAGUUACCUGCAGCAGGUUUGUCACAGAAGAAGACGAUGAGGAUACAAUCCCAUUUAGUAGCAUAAAGGAGGAUUCUGGGAACGAAUUCAAGGCCACAGUUCGUGGCAAUGGGGACACCAGGUGCUACAAGACGCUUUACGUGGACUCAAAAGAUGAACUCAACAAAUUUUUUAAGAAUCAGGGCCAUUCGCAAGUAACGUUAUUCUGCCAACCUUCGAACCAAGUUCUCCAUGCUAAAAAUGUUGAGUUUGUUCCAGUAGAAAAAGUCUACGACUAUAAAGGAAAAGAACGUUUGGCGGGUCUGUUUGUGAUGUAUUAG